UAAUGGAGUGUCCAAAAGUAAUUGUCGACUGCGACGCUGGUACCGAUGAUGCCUUGGCCCUGGCGAUGCUGAUAUCUGCCCAAAAAUUCUAUAGAGUGCAAAUAUUGGCCAUCACGUGCGUCAGUGGAAACACCCACGUUGACAAUGUGAUCAACAACGUUUACAGAACCCUAGAGGUCUGCGGAGCCUUGGACAUACCCGUUUACAAGGGAGCGGAUUCGGCACUGUUGUCCACAGACAACGUCAAAUUCGCCAAACUCAAUGCGUACCACGGCACAGAUGGUUUUGGCGAUGUUUACCAGGACGUGCCCGACACCAGUAGAUUAAAGGACGAACACGCUGUCAACGCCCUGCGCAGCAUAACAGCCCAAUAUCAUGGAGAAGUGACGAUACUUUGCCUAGGACCUUUGACGAACAUCGCACUUGCCAUUAAAAUGUAUCCAAACUUUGCUGAUUCUGUCAAAAGGUUUCUCGUCAUGGGCGGAAACUCCGCAGGAGUCGGUAACAUUACGUCGCAGGCGGAAUUCAAUUUUUUCUGUGAUCCAGAAAGUGUGCACAUUGUCAUAGAUAGUACUCCGAAUAAACUGUGGCUCCUCACGUGGGAAACGUGCUUGAAAGCCAAAAUCGACAUGGAAUGGAGGAAAGAAAUUUUCGGAAAAAUCGAUACUCCCGUGGUUCAUUUUGUGAACAAAAUCGAUGACGGAGUUAACAGUUCGAAAAACGAAGAGCACUACUACAUUCCCUGUGACGCCUACGUGGUUGGGGUUUUCUUGAGACCUGACGCAGCCAAGGACGUUGUGAUGCAUAACAUAGACAUCGAACUCGGUGGCUUGAAAACGCGAGGACUGAUUCUCGUUGAUCACAUGAAAUUCAACAAGCCCAACGCGUACAUCGUGCAGGACAUCGACUUGGAGAUUUUUAAGGAUCUUUUGCUAUUCACUGCCGAUCCAAAUACCGAAAACAGUCGUGUACUUUUGUAA